AAGAUGGCGACGGAUAAACAGAAACAUGAAGGCAGAGUGAAAAUUGGACAUUAUAUUUUAGGUGACACUCUUGGGGUCGGAACGUUCGGGAAAGUGAAAGUUGGCCAACAUGAACUGACGAAACACCAAGUGGCUGUGAAGAUUUUGAACAGACAGAAGAUUCGCAGUCUGGAUGUUGUGGGGAAAAUUCGCAGGGAAAUUCAGAAUCUGAAACUCUUCAGACAUCCACACAUUAUUAAAUUGUACCAGGUGAUCAGCACUCCCACAGACAUCUUCAUGGUGAUGGAAUAUGUCUCAGGUGGAGAGCUGUUUGAUUACAUCUGUAAAAAUGGGAAGCUGGACGAGAAGGAGAGCAGACGCCUGUUCCAGCAGAUCAUCUCUGCGCUGGACUACUGCCACAGGCACAUGGUGGUGCACAGAGACCUGAAGCCCGAGAACGUCCUGCUGGACGCGCAGAUGAACGCCAAGAUCGCCGACUUCGGCUUGUCAAACAUGAUGUCAGAUGGGGAAUUUUUACGAACCAGCUGUGGUUCUCCAAACUACGCCGCUCCUGAAGUCAUCUCAGGAAGAUUGUAUGCCGGUCCAGAGGUAGAUAUCUGGAGCAGCGGAGUCAUUCUGUACGCCCUGCUGUGUGGGACCCUUCCGUUUGACGACGACCACGUGCCGACUUUGUUCAAGAAGAUCUGCGACGGCAUCUUUUACACGCCGCAGUACCUGAACCCCUCCGUGAUCAGCCUGCUCAAGCACAUGCUGCAGGUGGACUCCAUGAAGAGAGCCACCAUCAAGGACAUCCGGGAGGAUGAGUGGUUCAAACAGGACCUGCCCAAGUACCUCUUCCCUGAUGAUUCAGCCUACAGCUCCACCAUGAUCGACGAUGAGGCCCUCAAAGAGGUGUGCGAGAAGUUUGAAUGCUCCGAGGAGGAGGUCCUGACCUGCCUGUACAGCCGGAACCACCAGGACCCGCUGGCGGUGGCCUACCACCUCAUCAUCGACAACCGCCGCAUCAUGAGCGAGGCCAAGGACUUCUACCUGGCCAGCAGUCCGCCGGACAUCUUCCUGGACGAGCACCACCACCUGGCCGUGAAGCCCCACCCGGAACGCGUGCCGUUCCUGGUGAACGAGACGCCCCCCAGGCCGCGGCACACCCUGGACGAGCUAAACCCCCAGAAGUCCAAGCACCCGGGCGUUCGCAGGGCCAAGUGGCACCUGGGCAUCCGCAGCCAGAGCAGGCCCAACGACAUCAUGUCAGAGGUGUGCCGGGCCAUGAAGCAGCUGGACUAUGAGUGGAAGGUUGUAAAUCCAUAUUACCUGCGUGUGCGGAGAAGAAAUUCAGUGACGGGAAUGCAGACCAAGAUAAGCCUGCAGCUCUACCAGGUCGACAGCAGGACUUACCUCCUUGAUUUUCGCAGCAUUGAUGACGAAACAUCAGAGGCGAAAUCCGGGACCGCAACCCCUAACCGCUCGGGUUCUACUGGGAACUACCGAGCGACUUUAAAGACUGAUGGGGUCGGGGAGGAGGCCAGGGCCGACACGCCCCUCAGGACAGCGGACGGGUCAAUGGCAUCCUCCCUGACAUCCUCAGUUGACUCCACUAGUGGGGACAUCCUUCCCAGACCAGGAAGUCACACCAUAGAGUUUUUUGAGAUCUGUGCAAAUCUCAUCAAAAUGCUUGCACGGUAAAUCAGAGCGGUAGCCUUUUUUAGCGUUGGUAGCUAAUGGUAGCCUCUCCACAGCAAUAAGAACGCAACCAACUCCUGGUUCAGUGCGUCCCUUGCAGAGUAGUACUUUUUCUGAAGCAGAGAUGGAGAUUUUCCCUCCUUAAUUAAGAGGACUCAGGGUGUGAGGGUUAUGUAAAUAACUGCUAAGCCACUUUACAGUUCCAGCACACAUUUUAGAAAUUGCCUUUUAAAAACUAAAUUUAUUUUUAAAAAAAUGAAAAAAACUCCCUUCAACAUCAGGUUUAAACCAUUUUUUUUCAGAGAACAUAGCUGAGCUUGCUCUACUGUGUUCUAUAAUGUUUCAUCCCUGCUCAUUAGAGAAACAAAGUGAGUUUCACCCACGAAUGUUACAAAAAUAGAUGCAGGAUGCACUUUUGCACAGAUUCCUUUCCUCCCCUGGUCCCAUUUCCAAAAUGGCAUAUCUGAGUCACAGUGCAGACAUUCUGCAACAGACAGCACAAAUUGUGGUAAAUUCACACAGGAACAUUUUUAUUA